AUGAUAGAGAGUGUAUCACAAACGGAACAUUUUGUAGCAGAAACGUCGUUCAGCAUAGUACAUGCUUCACACGACCAAUUUGUCACAGGCGGGGGCUGCUCGUCCGAAGCUAGUGCGGGGGAAAUAGAAUUCGGUACCAUCGAUGCCUUGCCCCAAAAUGACACAUGCACUGGCCGGUUGAUCAAGGGAAAUUCAGAUAUUUGA